ACUGAUAAUCAACCUACCUGAGCACUGGCAAGACACUGAAUGGUAACGCUAACGAUUCAGACAAUUGUCAAGUAUUUCUGUAACGAAGUACUUCAGUAAGUACAUAUCGAGAGGAUGCCAACGGUUUCAGAUGCAAUUGUACUGGAUGUUUCUGCUCUUCACUGCCGGGAGAGGAUGCACGGUUUCGCGAGAGCUAACCCAAAUUCAGCUGCUGCCAGCCCGUGUACAAGCUGCCGAAGACGACAUGAAAGACGGCGUGAUUACGCUGCCUGUUGUCGAGGCAAGGGCGCCCCAAACUCCACUCCCCGCUGACGUGGUACAAGCACCCAUUGGAACCAUGGCUAAAUUUUUCUGCCAACCACCUAAUAAAGCUGUCGAGCGUCUUGUGUGGAAGCAUCAAAACGUCACCGUGUACGCCAAUAAUACCCCACUGGUGGCCACCAGCAAAUCGGGUAACGUCGCAUACGGUAACGUAAAAUCCUCCGGUGAUAUGCACCUACUUAUUCUCAACGUGACCCGCGAAAGUGCCGGCAAAGUUGAAUGCUGGCAGUACUGCAGUCAUGGACUGUGCUUGAUCAAAAAGUACGACCUGGAACCGGUGAUGACAAAAGCGAAGGACUUGUUUAUUGGGGCAUUUAUGAACCUUACGGCGCCGUAUGGCAAGUUCGCCUUUACGUGUACAGCGCGCUUUUAUUGCGAUUAUCCGGGAACCGGCGCGUUUUUCAUCUGGAAACUACGGGACAGUUUCGUCGUGAGUCUCAAGAAACAUUACUUAAGGGACAUGACGAACUGGCCGAUGCCAGAUGUCGCUAAUGUCGACGUUUCUUCUAAUACAUCACCGCGUGACCACAAAGAGCCCUUCUGCGAAACAACGCUUCGUGUAACCAUGGUGGAGGGACGUGGCCAUCCGCCGCUGCGUGUACAGUGCUGGGUCCGGACGGAUCGCAACACGGAGAAAUAUUUCGUGCAAUCGGCAUAUGUUCACUUCCGCUGACAAGCCGAAGCUUUGGGACGCGUUCCUAGAUUCUGUGGCAUGGAUGCAGGGUUCUUGGUUGUUGUCUAAUUGCUGUUUGUUGUUGUUUUACGGUUGCUGGAAGUGCGGGAUACAACACAACGCGGUUCAGUGCUUCGUUUUCGUGUCACGGUUGUUUUAUUCGUCCGUCUCUUGUAGUCCUGCAUCAGCUGUGUUAUUCUGAGCAUGUUCUAAACAUUGGCAGACAUCGUAGGCUUAUCAGAACUUUGCAAACCUGUUCUGAUGUCUGCAGCGAAGCAGCUGUGUUAAU